AUGCUGCCCAAGGAGGCCAACGAGGUGAUCAAUUCCAAGAAACGAAAAUCUCUGCAACCCACGGAACGGAUGCAUACGCUCCUGCAAAAGGAUGUGCUGCAGUAUAAAAUCGAUAACUCUGUUUCGGUUUAUUUGAUGGCUGUGCUUGAGUGUAUCUCCAGCGAUAUACUUAAAAUAGCUGCCGAAUAUGUGUGCAAUAUCUCGCACUGUGAGAUUGUCAAAGAGGAUCUGGAGGUGGUAUUGAAUGCCGAACGUGUCCUCGACAUGUUUGACAUGCUGGACCAGAGCAGCGAGCAAGUCUCUGUUUACUCCGAGUAUUUGAUUCGUGUUAAUCGUUUUGAUUUUCGAACGGAGGACCACGAGCUAAUCACCUCGCAGGGCUCAUUUGUUAAGCAGGAUGGCAAUCGGAGUUAUCUCUAUGGCCACUUAAUAUUUAGUCGACCAUUUGAUGACAUUCAGUUAUUAACUACUAUGGAUAUUCAACGUCAAAAAAAACAACGUAUGCGUCUUUUCGAAAAGAAAAUGGAUAUGUGCUCUUCUUUUGGAAACCAAUAUCGUAGCAAGUUUGUUCAACAGCUUCAUCACAAUUACAUGUCAUAUCUAAAUGAGAAACCAAAGUGUCCCUUAAAAGCGAACUUUAAUUAUUCGCUGUAUCGGGCAUAUGUGGAUGACAGUUAUCUACCAGAAUUCAUACCUGAGUGUCGUUUCUUCAUGAAGUUAGAGUUUAGUCACAAGACCAAACGCGUUGCAAAUAUGUUUUUCAAUGGGGAAUUAGGGCCUGUGCAUAACAAAGCUACAACUGCUAAAAAGAAGGUUUAA